AUGGCGACAAAUCAGAAGGAAAUAAAAUCGACAAAUGAAAAUUCGACAAUGAAAAAAAGAAAUGUAAAUGAUGAUAAGUGUAACGAUCGAGUUAACACUGUUGCUUUUCUAAAAGUUCAUAAAGCAGGAAGUACUACAGUGAUGAAUAUAUUUUUAAGAUAUGGAGAAUCUCAUGGAUUGAAUAUUGCAUUACCAAGGGUUCCUAAAUCAAAACAAAAUGCAAGAUUUUGGAAUUAUCUCGGUGUUGAUACCGUUUUACAGAAAGAAAGACUAAUUCCUAUUCCACCAAAUGAAUCAUACAGCAUUAUAUGUAAUCACGUAGUUUACAGUAAAGACAGAUUUACAGAAAUUCUUGGUCCGGGUGUUGUAAAUAUUGGAAUAAUACGACACCCAGCUUCACUAUUUCUCUCAGGAGCAUAUUAUUGGCAUUUAUUUGAUAUCUUAAGAAAGAGAAUUACAGGAAAGAAUGAUAAUGAACGUUUGUCAAAAUAUUUAAAACAUCCAUAUAUAUACGAACAUCUCAUGCAUAAUCGGAUGUUCUUCGAUUUUGGACUUCCGGUCAAAUAUUUUGACAAUGACACUGCUAUUGAUGAAAAACUCAAAUCACUGGAUAAAGAAUUCUCACUGAUAAUGAUUUUAGAAUACUUUGUCGAAUCUCUUGUACUUAUGAAAAGAAUUUUAUGUUGGGAUUUAAAAGAUAUAUUAUUUAUACCAAUA